AUGAAAAUCUCCGAUUCUCCCCCACAGAAACGUAGACGGUGUGCCGAAACUGCUGGUCUAAUUCCGGCUCAGCCUGUGACAGAUCCUACUACCAAUCCAGACACACAAGCUCUUUCCUCAUACCAAAUAGCUGGAGAGCCCAUUUUGGAUGGGUCCAAGCCUGGCUCCAGUUCUAAUUUUGAUCCAAAAGUGUUUACCGCUUUCACAGGAGAGGAAUUGUCGCCGGACAUACUAAAGAGAUUGGAGGAUGUGUCCGGUGGAGAUAUGGAGAGGGCCAUUAAUAUGUACUUUGAUGGAUCCUGGAAAACUGCAACUGCCCCUCGGUCUUUGUUAACCCUUGGCCCAUCUCGGAAAAGAAAGGAGUCAUCGAAAUCCGUAGAAUCCUUAUCAGUUGCAAACUUACUUCAAGUGGAGCCUGUUCACGAAAAUGGAGACUUGAUAUCAAUGCCUGAGAAAAGGUAUAUCGGUGCUUUUGGCGUCGCUGGUUGGGCAACAAAAAGUGGCACAGAUACCUUUGCUGCAAAAGAGACAGAUGAUGAGAAAGCAUUGCGCUUAAGACAGGUAGCAUUGGUAAGGCUGUUCCAGGAGAUAGAUCUCGAGCCGUCUGCAACAAAUGCCACCACCACCAAACACAAAAGAGCUGGUAUCCUACAGGCUGCUGAGAUGGCUGAACAGUACGAAGCGGCUGGGCCCGAAGCGGCCAGUAGCGCGGGCAAAGAAGUCUCAGAGGGGGAAAAAGAAGAAGGAAAAGAGUUGGAGCAGGACCAACUUGAUCAAUUGUACCGAAAGGCACAAUCAUUUGAUUUUGAUUACCCUGAGACAGAGCCCGCAGACACAUUUGCGAUGGACCUUCGAAGGUAUCAAAAGCAAGCACUUCAUUGGUUUCUCAACAAGGAGAAGAAUAUCUCUGAGCGGGAUGACGAGUCCAUGCACCCUUUAUGGGAAGAGUAUAUAUGGCCUAUCAAGGACGAAAGCGAUGCCAAGCUUCCUAGAGUUAUUGGUAAGGAUAAGUUCUACGUCAAUCCGUAUUCUGGUGAGCUUUCACUCGAGUUUCCACGGCAGGAGCAAAAUUGUUUAGGUGGUAUUUUGGCGGAUGAGAUGGGUCUCGGAAAGACAAUUGAGAUGCUUAGUCUCAUACAUUCCCAUAAGUCCGACCUUGCGAACAGCUUGCAAUUUUCCUCCAAGAAGAAGAAAUUGCCAAGUUUUCGGAAAGUAUCGAGCGAGGUGGAGCCUGCACCAUGUACAACGCUUGUCAUUGCCCCAAUGAGCUUGUUAUCCCAGUGGCAGUCAGAAGCAGAGGCAGCUUCAAAACCCGGUACUCUCGAGACUUUGAUCUAUUAUGGCUCUGAAAAGAAGGUUUCUUUGAAGAACAUCUGUAGUGCCGAAAACGCUGCCACUGCGCCGAAUUUGAUCAUUACGAGUUAUGGGACUGUUCUUUCGGAAUACACACAAAUUUCCAAGACGGGUGGUAAUCGAGGGCUUCAUGGCGGGCUUUUUUCAGUAAAAUUCUUCAGAAUUAUAUUGGAUGAAGGGCACCACAUCAAGAACAGAUCAAGCAAAACGGCAAGAGCUUGCUAUGAACUCAGCGCCGAGCACCGCUGGGUUCUAACUGGUACACCUAUCGUCAAUCGGCUAGAAGAUCUAUUCAGCCUAGUGAGAUUUUUACGGGUCGAGCCUUGGAGCAAUUUCUCUUUCUGGAAGACAUUCAUCACCGUUCCUUUUGAGGCCAAAGAUUUUCUACGAGCUCUAGAUGUUGUCCAAACCGUGUUGGAACCACUUGUACUGAGGAGAACCAAAGAGAUGAGAACGCCUGAUGGGAUGCCUUUGGUUCCUUUACCCCCUAAAAAAAUCAUUAUCGAGAAGAUUGUACUUUCGAGAGCUGAAAGAGAGGUAUAUGAUCAUCUUCGAAACCGAGCAAAACAAUCCCUUGCACAUAAUCUUGAGGCAGGUACACUCAUGAAAUCAUACACUAGUAUCCUUGCGCAAAUAUUAAGGCUUCGUCAAUCAUGUUGUCAUCCGACCCUGAUCCGGAAAAAAGAGAUCGUUGAAGAUGAACUGGUGGCUGAAGCCGCAUAUGACGCAGCAAAGGGCUUUAGUGACGAUAUGGACCUAAAUGAACUCAUCGAUCGGUUCUCAGAUCAGCAAAACGAAGAAAAUUCUAAUAUAUAUGGCGUAGAAAUACUCAAGCAAAUUCGGGACGAGGUAGAGCAUGAAUGUCCAGUCUGUUUUUCGGCCCCCAUGGAUGAUAUGACUGUUACUGGGUGCUAUCAUGCGGCCUGUAAAGAAUGCUGGAUGAAUGUGAUCGAGAGAGGCAGAGAGAAAGAGGAGGUACCAAAGUGCGUCAUCUGCCGCGAAGCGAUAAAUGAACGAGAUCUUUUCGAGGUCAUUCGGCAUCAACCGAACAAAACCAUGGACAGCAGUACAGAAGACAUGUCGCCGUUGGAGAUAACCCUUCGCCGGGUUAAUUCCAGGUCAUCGGCAAAAAUUGAAGCUUUGAUUAAGAAGCUAAAGCAGCUAAGAAAGGAGGAACCAAACACAAAAAGCACUGUUUUCUCCCAAUUCACAUCUUUCAUUGAUCUUAUUGAGCCUGCGUUAAAAAGGGAACGAAUCACAUUCUUCCGCUUUGAUGGUUCAAUGCAGCAACAACAACGUACAAUUGCCAUUGAUAACUUCAGGGCAUAUGAAGGCGCUGCAGUUCUCAUAAUAUCUCUCAGAGCCGGGGGUGUCGGACUUAACUUGACGGAAGCGAAGAGAGUUUUCAUGAUGGACCCGUGGUGGAGUUUUGCCGUAGAGGCGCAAGCAAUCGAUCGGGUUCAUAGGAUGGGGCAGACUCAAGAGGUUAUCGUCCAUAGGUUUAUUGUUGAGGGGAGCGUUGAAGAGAGAAUGGUCAACAAGAUACAGGCAAAGAAGAAGUUCAUUGCGUCGUCAUUGGGGAUGAUGAAUGAUGAUGAGAAAAGACAGGCCAGGAUAGACGAUAUAAAGGAUCUUCUUAACGACUAG